AUGUGGCGCUCAGGGGCCUCGCGAGCGUGGCUGCGCGGAGCUGGCUCUUGCCGCCCUCCGGAGCGCGUGGCUCCCCAGUCGCCUCCGGCCGUGAAGGCAAAGCCCAAGUGGCAACCUGUGACUGUUGCCUCCCCCGACUUCCCCCCUCCUCCACCUGAGAGCAGUUUAGUGUUUCCUCCUCCACCUCCUUCCCCAGCUACCUCUGCAGGUUCUCCCCCCCCUGACAGAUCAGGGUCUCCAGUCAAAAAGACCAGCAAGACAUCGAGCCCGGGAGGGAAGAAACCACCCCCGACACCUCAGCGCAACUCCAGCAUCAAGUCCACCAGCUCCACUGAGUACCACGAGUCCAAGAGGCCUUCAGUGGACCGCCUUGUCAGCAAAUUUGCACACCCCCCGGAGCCCUCCGGGUCUCCUUCCAAGGAGUCGUCGCCUCCCGCAGCCCCUCCAAAGCCGGGGAAGCUCAACCUUUCUGGCGUGAGCCUGCCGAUCGUCCCGCGGGGGGCCCCCCCGCCCACCCCCCCCCUCCUGCCUGUGGCCGGGAAGGAGCCCGUGGUCGAAUUCCCUUCACCACCGUCAGAUUCGGACUUUCCACCGCCACCGCCUGAAAUAGAUCUUCCUCCCCCACCGGUUGAGAUCCCCUCCGUGUUUUCAGGCAGCACCUCCCCAAAAGUGGCAGUCGUCAAUCCUCAGCCUCAAGCGUGGUCCAAACCACCCGUGAAGAAAGCCCCGCCGCCCACGCGUCCCAAGCGGAACGACAGCACGCGGCUGACGCAGGCGGCAGCGGCGGCGGCGCCGCGGCGCGCACGCGCGCCCACGUCGCCCAAGUCCAGCCUUAGCGUGCAGCCGGGAUUCCUGGCAGACCUCAACCGGACGCUGCAGCGCAAGUCCAUCACCCGGCACAGCUCGCUCUCAUCGGCGCGCGUGUCCCGAGCGGAGCCCACGGCCACCAUGGACGACAUGGCCUUGCCACCGCCGCCGCCCGAGCUGCUGGCCGACCAGCAGAAGCCGAGCAGCUUUGGGGGCAGUCACAUAUCCGGCUAUGCAACGUUGCGGAGGGGGCCACCUCCCGCACCCCCCAAAAGGGAUCAAAACACCAAGCUGUCGCGGGACUGGUAGGAGCUGCCCG